CUCAGUGGGUGAAUUGGUGAAUAAAUAAUUGGCUCUCUGAGCCAGGGCACACAAAACGUGGUCCUGGCCAUCAGACUGCUCAUAACCCCAAAGGGCGGCCAGAAGGUCUGACCACUUUGAAAAGGGCCCAUCUGAACAACAACAAGGAGGACCAGCAGGACAUGGACCCCUGGAGAAUUGCCCGCAGCCCCUCAGACACCUCCAAGUUCAAGUACCAGGCCCCAGUCUCCCCACAGCCAUCCCUGCACCUGGAGGAGGUCCGGCCUCCAACCCCCUCAGCCAUCAGCCAAGACCGCCCCAGUGUGGACCCACAGCCUAAGUCUGUGCUGGAGGGGGGCCCCAGACCCUCCUCAUGGGAGAGCAGGGCUACCUUCCAAGAGAAGCCUCAGCUGUACCAGGGGCUGGAGGAAGGCCCCAACUUGGGCUCACAGGGCCAGAGGAGCAGCGUCAUUCCUGACAACAUUCGCCACAAGUUUGGGAGCAACAUGGUGGACCAGCUGGUCUCCGAGGAUCAGGCUCGAAAGGCCAUUGGUGACGUUUUGGAAGGCCAGAAGAGGGCAAGCUCACGGUCCAGCAGGACCCAGAGGCCCUGGGAAAGCCCGUCCAUCUAUUCAGACUACUAUGAUCUGGGCUACAACGUGCGGGCAAACUUAUUUCAAGGGGCCCCCGAGGAGAUGAAGAGCCUCAUGAAGGCCUCCUAUACGCCAGAGGUGAUCGAGAAAUCAGUGAGGGACAUGGAGCACUGGCAUGGCAGGAAGACGGAUGAUCUGGGACGGUGGCACCAGAAAAACGCUAUGAACAUAAACUUGCAGAAAGCCCUGGAUGAGAAACACGGAGAAAAGAGCAAAAGCAAGAGCUUCAAGUACUAGGUGCAGCCUAGAGGAGGCGCCCUCCGCUCAGAGAAAGUGCUGACAAUAAAGGCACGAAUCUGAACAUUC